GGCUGGUGGCUGGUGGGGCUUCACGUGCCCCUCGCGCUAUGCUGCCGCCCACUACAUGUUGGCGACGAAGAAGAACAUCGAUGCGAGGAGACAAGACGUGGUGUAUAGGGUAGUGAAUCUGAGUCGACCGAUCAAACAGCAUUCAACAUGGCACCUUCCUCAACGCUGGUCAACAAGAUCAAGGUGCAGCUCAAGCUGUCCGUCUCGCGCCUACGAAUGGUGCAGCAAAAAGACACAGCACUGGCAAAGCAGCAACGGAGAGCCAUGGCACAGCUUUUAGAGCAAGGCAAGGAAGAGAGCGCAAGGAUCCGUGUUGAGAACAUCAUCAGAUCUGACAUGAACACUGAGCUGCUGGAGAUAUUGGAGCUGUAUUGCGAGCUUCUCACAGCACGUGCUGGAUUACUCGAGCAGAGAGAAUGCGACCCUGGGCUAGAGGAAGCGGUGAAGAGUAUCAUCUAUGCCGCUCCAAAGAUUGAGGGUAUCAAAGAGCUCAGCAUGGUGCGGCAGCUACUGGCGGAGAAGUAUGGCAAGGACUUCGCGAUACAAGCGACCGAAAACAGCGAUGGGAAAGUGUCAGAACGGGUGGCCGGCCGGCUGAAGGUCGAGCCACCACCAAAGGAGCUAGUGGAGGCGUAUUUGUCCACCAUCGCGGAAGCGUAUGGCGUCGACUGGCCACCAGGCGCAAGGGCUAAGCGCGAGGCAGAGGAAGCAGGUAAUGACGAGGACGAAGAUGACAGUCCGUCCGGUGGCCAGAAAGUCAGAUCGCUGGAAGCACCAUUAACGACCGAUGAGCUCAGCCGGGCUACUCCUCCGCGGGACAUAGGUCCGAAGAGUCCAGUGUCCGUCGUGCCUCCUUCGCCUAGCACAGACAAUGUGCGUCCGAAAGUGAACCUACCUGGCCCGCCUGAUCUGAAACCGAGCAAGAAGAUGGUUGAUGCAAACAAGGCAAAGUCUAUGAAUGGCGAGAAGAAGGACGGCGGUCCUGGCGGUAAGAUUCCAGAUGUUGAUGAGCUUGCCAAGCGGUUUGCGGAGCUCAAGCGAUGAAAUCCCAUCGUCUCUGUAUUGGUCGAUCGUAUGACUUGCGAACGAUCCAUCCAUGGGCACGAAACCCACGCUAUGAAGUGGGCCGGCUUGAUCAACCAUGACGGCAAUAUCAGUAUGAACUCAACUGCGCGAAUGACAACGACGGCCGAGGUGCUGACUGCACAAGAUACCACGACCUUAGGG